CUGCAACCCAUUUCCACAUGGUGCCUCAUCACAUCUCUUCCUUCUCUUGCCAUUCUCUCCAUCAGCCCUCCUACCACUGUAUCUCUCCAUCACUCCUCCUUUUUCCAUGUACAGAAACAAUCAUUCUCUCCGCUCUCCAUAUUUUCAGCUGGUUCAUCAGUUUUGCUUGAUAUCAUUAUUCCAUCUCUUUUUUUUUCUUCACUCUCUCUCCAUCUCUCUCUCUCUCUUUUCCAUUCUCUCUGUUUUCAUCUUGGAGAUAGGAGUGUGCAUGCAGUCUCAAAUCUAAGUCUCCUCUGCUUAUGCGCUCUGCGCUACGAUCCUUCUUCCUCUCCCCUCCGUGCUUUACCGCACUGCUCACAUCUCCUCUCUCCACAUCUCCUUCUCUUCCUCACUUUCUCUUUCUCUACCUGCAUCUCUGUCACACCACAGGCUUGCAUCUCUGCUGGGCAUUGCUGUGCUUUGCUUUGCCGUUUGGAGAAAGGCUGUACGCUCUGGGGAUCUUUUCGCGCCAGGGCUGAGCACACUCCGGCUUCUUGCAGAGGAGGAUUUAGCUGCUCUUGGUGCGCCAGGUUUGCCUUGCCUUGGAUUCCUUGGAUCUGUGGGAGCUGGAGAACAGGGGAGGACAGGAGGAGGAGGAGAGGGGUGAGAGGUUUACUGGCUUGGAGGAGUCGAGGCUUCAAGGUGGUGGCGGCUGAUGGUUGCAUGUCGAGGGUCAUGCCCUGGGACUUGCACGUUUUUCGGCAGUUGGAGUUGGAGACCCUGUCCCAUUUUUGCCCCCCUCGAGGGGCAGAACUAAUCCUGGUGCCGGGGAAAGCUGCCGGGCACCAGUGGCUGCAGCGUGAAGAGUGGACACCAUGAACCAGCUGGACGCACCAAGACCACUUAACUGGACCAUCAGGAAACUGUGCCAUGCAGCCUUCCUGCCAUCUGUGCGCCUGCUAAAGGCACAAAAAUCGUGGAUAGAAAGGGCAUUCAGCAAGAGAGAAUGUGUUCAUAUCAUAGUGAGUGCCAAAGACCCCCAUAGGUGCUGCUGCGGUCGUCUCAUAGGUCAGCAUGUGGGUUUGCCGCCAGGUAUCUCAUCCAGUCAAAAUGACAAGGCAGAGCGUUUGGCCAAGAAUGACAGCCUGUCAGAGAAAUGGUCAAUCAGCAAGCACACACAGCUCAGCCCCACCGAUGCCUUCGGCACCAUCGAGUUCCAGGGAGGAGGACACUCCAACAAAGCCAUGUAUGUGCGAGUGUCUUAUGACACUAAACCUGACUUGCUGCUCCACCUGAUGACCAAGGAGUGGCAGCUGGAGCUUCCUAAGCUGCUCAUCUCAGUCCAUGGAGGCCUACAGAACUUCGAGUUACAGCCUAAGCUCAAGCAGGUCUUUGGCAAAGGGCUCAUCAAGGCAGCCAUGACGACAGGGGCCUGGAUAUUUACAGGAGGAGUUAACACAGGGGUGAUCCGCCAUGUGGGGGACGCACUGAAAGACCACGCCUCCAAAUCAAGGGGCAAAAUCUGCACCAUUGGAAUAGCUCCAUGGGGCAUUGUAGAAAAUCAGGAGGAUCUUGUUGGCAAAGAUGUGGUGCGUCCGUACCAAACCAUGUCCAACCCCAUGAGCAAGCUGACGGUCCUCAACAGUCUCCACUCCCACUUCAUCCUGGCAGACAAUGGCACAACAGGAAAGUACGGAGCUGAAGUCAAACUGCGACGCCAGCUGGAGAAACACAUCUCCCUGCAGAAGAUCAACACACGGAUCGGCCAGGGCGUACCAGUGGUGGCUCUUAUCGUGGAGGGAGGCCCUAAUGUGAUCUCCAUUGUGCUGGAGUACCUCAGGGACACUCCGCCAGUCCCUGUGGUGGUGUGUGAUGGCAGCGGGAGAGCCUCAGACAUCUUGGCCUUUGGACACAAAUACUCAGAGGAGGGAGGCAUAAUUAAUGAGUCUCUUAGAGACCAGCUGCUGGUGACCAUCCAGAAGACCUUCACAUACAGCCGCACACAGGCCCAACAUCUGUUCAUCAUCCUCAUGGAGUGCAUGAAGAAAAAGGAACUGAUAACAGUUUUCCGGAUGGGCUCUGAGGGUCAUCAGGACAUUGACCUUGCCAUCCUCACUGCAUUGCUCAAAGGUGCCAAUGCUUCAGCCCCAGACCAGCUGAGUUUGGCUCUUGCGUGGAACAGAGUGGACAUUGCACGAAGUCAGAUCUUCAUUUAUGGACAGCAGUGGCCUGUGGGUUCCCUGGAACAGGCGAUGCUGGAUGCCUUGGUUUUGGACAGAGUGGACUUUGUUAAGCUGCUGAUUGAAAAUGGUGUCAGCAUGCACCGCUUUCUCACGCUUUCCAGACUGGAGGAGCUGUAUAACACGCGACACGGACCAUCAAACACCCUUUACCACCUUGUCAGAGAUGUCAAAAAGCGAGAAUAUCCAGGGUUCAGUUGGAUCUACUUCAAGGGAAACCUGCCGCCGGACUACCGCAUCAGCCUCAUCGACAUUGGACUGGUCAUUGAAUACCUCAUGGGUGGGGCGUAUCGAUGCAACUACACCAGGAAGAGAUUCAGAACACUAUACCAUAACCUCUUUGGGCCCAAAAGGCCCAAGGCACUGAAGCUGCUGGGGAUGGAGGAUGACAUGCCAAUCCGGAGAGGCCGGCAGAAGACGACACGUAAGCGAGAGGAAGAGGUGGACAUUGAUUUGGAUGACCCCGAGAUAAAUCACUUCCCCUUCCCCUUCCACGAGCUCAUGGUGUGGGCUGUACUCAUGAAGCGCCAGAAGAUGGCGCUGUUCUUUUGGCAGCAUGGAGAGGAAGCUAUGGCCAAGGCCCUGGUUGCAUGUAAGCUGUGUAAGGCUAUGGCACACGAAGCGUCUGAGAAUGACAUGGUGGAUGACAUCUCCCAAGAACUCAACCACAACUCCAGAGAGUUUGGCCAGCUAGCUGUGGAGCUCCUAGACCAGUCCUAUAAACAGGAUGAGCAGAUGGCAAUGAAGCUACUGACAUAUGAGCUGAAAAACUGGAGCAACGCCACCUGCCUGCAGCUUGCGGUAGCAGCUAAACAUCGAGAUUUCAUUGCCCAUACCUGCAGUCAGAUGCUGCUGACCGACAUGUGGAUGGGGCGUCUCCGCAUGCGCAAGAAUUCAGGCCUGAAGGUGAUCUUAGGCCUGCUUCUUCCACCGUCCAUCCUGAGUCUAGAGUUCAAAAACAAGGAUGAGAUGUCCUACAUGCCGCAGGAUCAGGACACGUACCUGCAGGAGAAGGAAGAGGAGGAGCCAGAAAAACCAGUCAAAGAAAAAGAGGAGGAGGACAUGGAGUUCACAGUAAGAUCUUACUGUGAGACGCAGUACAACUCUGUGGCGAUGCUGGGUAAGGUAGCCACAGAGACAUCCAGAAAGAAGGAUGUUGAGGAGGUUCAGAGCCGCCACCGCCUUAUCCCCAUGGGACGCAAGAUAUACGAGUUCUACAACGCCCCAAUUGUCAAGUUCUGGUUUCAUACGAUGGCAUAUGUGGGGUACCUGAUGUUGUUUAACUACAUUGUCCUGGUCAAGAUGGACCUGUGGCCUUCUCCUCAAGAGUGGAUUGUCAUUGCUUACAUUUUCACCAAUGGCAUUGAAAAGAUGAGAGAGAUCCUGAUGUCAGAGCCGGGAAAGUUGCUACAGAAGGUAAAGGUGUGGCUACAAGAGUACUGGAACAUCACUGACCUCAUGGCCAUCCUCAUCUUCUCCGUCGGUAUGGUCCUGCGCCUCCAGGAGCCACCGCUCAUGAGCUACGGGCGGGUCAUCUACUGUGUCAACAUCAUCUACUGGUACAUCCGGCUGCUUGACAUCUUCGGAGUCAACAAGUAUCUGGGGCCCUACGUGAUGAUGAUUGGCAAGAUGAUGAUCGACAUGAUGUAUUUUGUCAUCAUCAUGUUGGUAGUGCUCAUGAGUUUUGGGGUGGCACGUCAGGCCAUCCUCAAUCCUAACGAAGACCCGUCCUGGAUGUUGGCCAGAAACAUCUUCUUCAUGCCCUACUGGAUGAUUUAUGGGGAGGUGUUUGCCGACCAGAUUGACCAUAUGCAUAGUAAGAAGGUACAGCACAGGCUGAAUGAAAAACUCUGGCUGGUCGAAAAUUACUUACGAACGCACGGAACCUGGCGUAGUAAUGGUCCAUCCCACAUUGCCCUGACCACUCAAAAUUCCACUCCCUGCGGCCAGAAUAUAACCACAGAGGACGGGGUGGUGGUGACCCUGCCGCCAUGUAAGACUGGUGCUUGGAUUGUACCUGCGAUCAUGGCUUGCUACCUGCUGGUGGCCAAUAUACUGCUUGUCAACCUACUCAUAGCAGUGUUUAACAACACAUUUUUUGAGGUAAAGUCCAUCUCAAACCAGGUGUGGAAGUUCCAGCGCUACCAGCUAAUCAUGACAUUCCAUGAGCGGCCGGUCCUUCCUCCACCUCUCAUCAUCUUCAGCCACAUAACAAUGGUCCUAAAACAUCUAUGCUGCCGCUGGCGCAAGCAUGAUGACGACGAGAGGGACUAUGGAUUGAAGCUGUUCAUCACUGAGGAUGAGCUGAAGAAAGUUCAUGACUUUGAGGAGCAAUGCAUAGAAGAGUACUUCAGAGAGAAAGACGACAGAUUCCACUCAUCAAAUGAUGAACGGAUCAGAAUCACAUCUGAAAGGGUGGAGAACAUGGCUAUGCGUUUGGAAGAGGUCAAUGAGAGGGAACACUUUAUGAAAGCAUCGCUGCAGACUGUGGAUAUUCGGCUGGCCCAGAUGGAGGACCUAAUUGGGCGGAUUGCUGUGGCUCUGGAGCGCGUGACGGGUGUUGAGCGUGUGGAGGUCAACAAAGCGCGCUCCCGGACCUCGUCUGACUGCACAGACUCAGCGUACAUACUCCGCCAAGCUGAGUGCCCGGAGUCUGCAUACAUCCUCCGCCAAAGCAGCUUUAACAGCACAGAGGGGAAUGCCUACCGCCUUCAGGAGGCAUUGGAGGGAGCAGCUGAGGGCUCCAUGUCCCCUCCCUCUCCUACUGGCAUCACUGCUCGGGCAAGGAGUCACUCUUUUUAUGUUGGGGGUGGACGUGCUAUCGAACGUGCAAGUGGGGCUGAGCGAGCUGAAAGCUUCUUUAAGGAGCGCUCGCUCAGUCUCCACAGAGCUAAUAGCUCGCAAUCUGUGUCUUCAGCUGCCGCCACCAAGGAGUCUAAGCCCCUCCCACUGGCGACGCUGUCGGUUUCCCAGCAGCAUCGUCCGUCAUCAUGUAUUGAUAUCUACGUCUCAACAUCUGAGGAGGUGGGGCCAGCCGAGGUCUUUCUUGAUCCUCUCCGUGUGGUCCCACCCCUCCAGAGAGACUCCUCACUGCAGUCAGAUAUCAUAGAGACGGUGCUGCCAGGAGGCCGUGACUUCAGCAGCACGGCUACUAGCGGCUUGGGCGACAGGCACUCGGAGGGCGGCGCAGGCAGCAGUGGAACGACUGGAGCUAUGUAUGACGACAGUGCGGCUGUGGAUUUGUCAUUGUGCUCAGCAAGCCUCUUACCAGACACCACCCUACCUCCUUGGGAUACGGAGCCGUCUCCACCUCCCUCAGCAGGGCUGCUCGAACGCUCCAAGAGCAGUCGCUACCUCUCCACAGCAGGCACGGCGUUCCUUGAUGAGCCUCCUCUGGUCAAAUCCCACAGCCUCAUGUUCACGCCGAGAGGCUGUUACGGUGGGCUAGGGGCAGGAGUCCAGGUGAAGGCCGCAGAAUACACCAGCAUCACUGACUGCAUUGACACCCGCUGUGUAUCAUCUCCAUACACUCCUGCAGAAUGCUCACACUCGCCAGGAGGAUCCACCUCAUUCACCUUUGAUAAGCCGUCAGACAUUAUCUCCUCUCACCCGGAGAGAGAGGCAGAGCUAAGUCACACAGAGUCCGACCCCGAGGACCUCGAGGACCUGAUUCCAGCCUCCGAUACUCCUCGCAUUACAGGCCUAGGCGGGCCCAGCGGAGCUCCUCUCUGCUCCACCCUCUCCAGGCUGGAGCGAGCGAACAGCUGCUCCUCAGAUGACUCCCAUCCUUCACUCACUCUGGCUCCUCCGCAUCGGAAGAGCCUGUCAGUGAGCGAGAGGAUGGAGAGGGGACCGGGUUUGGGAGCAGAUAGGGGACCUGGUCCUGGGGGACGGGGUCUUGCGGGGCACAGAUACCCUUUCCUCAGGAGCAAGUCCGGAGCGAGACCUGACACAGCCAAAACUGAUAGUCUGUCUAUAAGGAAGCUGGCAGCUCCAUCAGCCUUCCGCAGCUUCGAUAGACAAAACUACACGUGACAAGGGCCCACUGGCGCCCUCACACAUUGUUAGGGCCUGGGUGAAAACUGAAAAGGGCCAAGUAAUAGCAGGAUGAAAUUGCACAUAGAUGCUGAUUUGGAACAUAUCUAUACUUUAUUCACUUACAUUUUAGGUUUGUAAAAGGUUUAGGUGUGAUCAGCAUUGAACGGCAGUUUUAUCCUGAGCGAAGAAUGGAAAAGGGCAGAAGACUCAGAAGGUCUGUGUACAUCACUUAAAAGAAAGAGCUAUGAAUUUAGACUAGUUGAUACCUCUUGUAGCAAUGUAACUUACAAUUGGGUGCCAUGAAAAUGCAAGUUAUAUUUGUCUUGUAGGUCUUCCACCAACCUAAUUUACAUCAAGUAGACAUUGGUCACUGUAUUGCAACACAUAUCACAACCACCCUAGAAAGAAAAAGUCUGCUGUUAAUCCUACCUGUAAUGUGUGGUAGGCACUGUUAAAUCUGAGAGACAAAGACAAGGGGCAAGGAAAGAGAUAGUCAACUCAUUUUGUAGUUUUUCAUCAGCACAAUUGCUGCAAAGGUUCCACUUUAAAGCCUUUCUUACUCAUCGUGGAAUCCUAACUCCCAUCAGAGUGAUACUCAAACACUACCAGGUUUAAAAGCUGACAAUCUACAGCAGAGAAAAUGAGAACUGAACAUGUCAAUACUUCUAUCUCUCUCAACAACCCAAGUAAUCCAUGAAUUUUGAACAAAGUACAUCCAUAAAUGAAAUUGUGUUGUAAAGUGGAAAGGCAGAAGAAUUGAGUACUUAUAGCACUUACUGAAGUUAAUAACGCCUCGACAGAAAAUCUUUGUUGCUAAAUGAAGCUUCAAGACGCUGUCCUUCUGGAGAAACUAGGUUCAUGCAUUGUUGAAGUUUCAUCAGUUUCUGCAUCAACUAUUGUCUAGAGAUCCUAAAGGAUUUUUGGGUACUCUUUUAUGAACUCAUCUUUUUCCAUCAGUUUGCUUUAUUUUAUUGUGACCAUACCUUGCUGAAAAAUCUACCCUUGAACGAUCAUCAGAUUCUUGUCAAGAAUGUUUUGGUAGAUUUCUCCAGCCAUUUUUAAAGGGGCUUUGCUGUGUAUUUUGGCCUUUAACAAGGUUCUUAGGAGCUUUGCACUGAAAAGCAGUUUGUAUGAUAAGCUCAGCAGAUGCGCAGUUCCGCCAGGUGUUUGCUAAUUGCUGCUGGCGCUAGUCUGAAGGAGCUGAGUGGGGAAGGCAUGGGGGAUGGAUGCUCUAUGAGGUGGAAUCUCAUCUUGGGGACUGCAACUCCAAGAUGAACUGCAUGGAAAGGGGAGCAUGGAGUGUAAACAAGCGCUAAGGCGCUCCCAAAUGGUUUCCAUGGGGAAUUAAUGCAUGAAAGAAUCAAAGCAACACUUCAGGUACGUCUUUGAUGAGGCAAUAACAUUAUAACAUGAUAAGCUUAAAAAGUAAAUUAGCUAAAGGUUAACUAUGUUUUAAUCUAACAAUAUUUUUUUAAAAGAAAGUUCUUUAUUUUUACCCAUUGUGGUAGUUAUGCAGCAUGUCAAUAAUGAGAAAUAUUUUUAAUGGCCAUAUAUUAGAGCUAAACUUGCUGAUAUUAUUUGCACUGAUGAGGAACAUGAUGAGUUUCUAUACUAGAACUGGUUUCAUAGUAAAAUACACCACAUUUUGUUUCAGUGAUGAUACUCUGUUCUAGUCCACUUUAUUACACAUAAUUAAAUUUAUGGACUCAUUUGAUUUUAUUAUUUGGGUUAGCACAGAUAUUUAAAGUAAAUUUCACAUCAUUGGCCCCAUUAGAAAUACAUUUACUAAGAAAAAUGUCGACAAACUUACUUUCCCUGCUGUAAUUUAUCAGUAGCCAAUGUUUACACAUACAACCUUUAAAGUAGUCAAAAUAUGAUUCCGUUUUAAAAUUAUUGUUGAAUUCAAAAUGGUCCUCAAGAUAAACUGACAAAUCAUCAUUAUUUCUGAAUUGAAACAAUCCCUUAUUUGUAGGGUACAAUGAAGUGGGUUGUAACAGAUUUACAAAAGCUUUCUGAUACCUCUAAGCUUGUGCUUCAAUCAUUGAUUAUACAUAAAAGUGUGCAUAGUGAGUCUACAUAGACACACAACGUUUUGUCUGAAACCUUUUCAACCCUGUCCCCCAGAGCUCUAACAAGUGCAAUUGCAAAAGAUGAGGAUAAGAGGGCGCUAUAAUCCAGCCUUGGCUAGAAACGAACCUGGUUUGAACUUUUCUUCUUUUGCCUGUAACUUACACCAAAAAUCUCCUCACUUAGUGAGUCAUAGAUCUGUUGUUUUCAGCCAUUCUUCAGAUUUUGGCAGUGGUAUUAUUUUUCUAUCCAGUUUCACCUAAUAGAUCCGUCCUUCAUCUUUUCCAAUAUUCCCAUUUGUUUUAUUCAUUUUUUUCAGUGAAAGUCGAAGCAAGCCACCUAAAAGAGACUAAAAAGGAAGCAGCUGAUGGGUGACACGCCUAAAUAUAAACUAUGUACAGGUCACAAUAAUUGCUUUUUUUUUUUAAAGCACUAAUUUAUUAAUUCUUAAAAAAGCUUGAAAAUAAGCUAUUGAGUAUAUGCACUUUUGGUGAGAUUUAAGAAAGGUGUGCAUCUUAGAUCACAUGAAGGAAGCAGCUCAUCAAACGAUGACAGCUAGAUUCAUGUUUUUACAUUUCUAAUUUUUAUUCUGGUGGAAAAAGUAGGUGGGGAGAAAGAUCCCUGUCUCCAGCAGAUUUGCAAAGAUAAUAAAGGUGAGAUUAUUCAAAUCUAUCUUGAGCUUGAUGUUUAUAAACACUUUCUCACCAUUUCAAUUCAGUUUAAUCAUGUUGUAUUUAUUUUUAAGAUGAUGAUUCUAUUUAUAACUAUUUUCUUGCUCAUUAGCGAUGAUUAUAGUAAAUGCCUGUUUGAAUUACAAAAUGAUAUUUAUAUGUUUUCAGUGAUAUUUUUGUCAAAUUUUAAGUAUUUUCUAAUUAAGCUUUUGAAUAUGAUAAAGGAUGACCACCUACAUGCACUAAAUGAUGAUGUAAAAUAUUUAUUAAAUAUAUAUUAGUCUCAAAUACUGUACAUUUCAAUUAUAUUUAAAGUAGUUUUUAUUGUGUGUUUUAUCAACCAACUUAUGAGAUUUUUCUAUUGUUGAUAUGGCAAUACACAGUUGCCAGUAUACCAAACUUAGGGUGCCUUUUGGGCAUGGAUGGAGUAUGUUGGGAUUCACGUGAUUCAAGACUCUGUGAAGUGUCUCAUUUUUUGUGUGUUUUUUUUUUCUUUCAUAUACGUAGGGAUCAACUAUCAGUAAUGAUUUAUUCAUAGACUUUUGUUGUUCCCUUUCCCAUCUACUGUACAUAGUGGAGGAAUUGUUAUUGCGAGAUUACACCAUUGCUUGUAUGGUUUUAUAAUUUAUUUAAAUACACCAAAAAUCAUGUGAGAUGUCUUUAGCACAAUGGCUCUGUGGGUUAAGAGAGUAAAUGAAUCUGUUUGCAUGCGACAGUCAGAUGUUAUCAUGAGGACUGAGCUUCUCCACUCGGCUGGUGCUGCUGUUGCUGGAACUCUUGUGUCUAGCUUUAGUUGACUGACCUAAUUUGCCUGCAUCACUCAACUCAUCUUUCAAUCAAAAAUCUUCUAGACUGUUAAACAUUUCCAGUUGAUGAUGUUUUAAAGACAUUAAGCAACUGCAGUGCUUUCAUCUGCAAAACCAGACGUCGCCAAACAUUUAUUUAAGGAAAACCUCAAUGAAAUGUCCCUUCAACCUCCAGGUGCAUCUGCAUGUGUUAGAAUAUAGCAUAAAAACAUGUCAGUAAUUUAAUUCAGAUUGUAAAACUCAUUUAUUCUAGUUUCAUUACACACAGAGAUUUAUUUCCAGUGCUUAUUGUGGUUAAAUCUGUUGAUUGUAGCUUAUAACUAAUGAAGUACCACAAAUUUGUUUUUUAAAAAAGCUGAAAAAUGAACAUGAACAAUACAAAAAUCACAACAAAUGUUAUAUUAUGACCAAACUUCUAUUUGAAAUUCGACAACUGUGUAAUGUUAUCUAUAAGCAAGUGAAAGCCAAAAAGGGUCAGUGCUGAAGAAGCUGGCUGUUUGCAAAGGACUGAGUCCAAGCAUAUUAGUGACAUGCUACAUUGAAGGAAAAAGUGUGGUAGAAAUAGAAACAUGAUUGACUGUAGCUUUGACAAGUUUGUUAAACAGCACUUAUUCAAGAGUGACGAGGAGUUCACAAGACAUAGAGUACAAAUGAGUCAAGGCUUCAUGAACCACCACACACUUACCGACUCCUGAAUGGGAACGCAUCAGGAACGUCUCACACGGACUAAGAUUCUAGACAGGAGCCAAAAGGGACCAGCGCCACUGUAAAACUGGUCUGGCCCCUUUUUUUAUUGUCACAGUUUUACAUUAACAAUUAAUUAAAAUUUUAAGUGUUGCACUUAGCUUCAGUCAUAUUAAGAUAGUUUAAUUUUCAUCUGGUAGACCAGGGGUGUGCAACCUGCAGAAAUAGAGCCCCAAGUGGCUCUAUUCUCACUUAACAUAUUAAACAAUGAAAUAUUGCCCUUUUUAAAGUUUUUAUGUUUGAUUUUAUCAAGGAACACUGGUCACAUCCUGGUGAAUUUGUUGCAUUUCUAGCUAAAACUCAUAUUUGCAUUUCAUUUAUUAAUCAAGGUAAAAAAUCUGGAUGAAGCAUGUAGAGGCACAGCAUCCAAAGUCACUCAGUGUGACGUUUCCACAGUCAACAAUGAUUUCAAGAGCCAAGUUGCUCCACUGUCCAACUCCAGUUGCAAAGUCACCACAGCUACUUACCAGGAAGUUUUAGAGCAUUUCCCUCCCUGACAUUUUUGGAGAUAUUGAUUUUGUUUUCCAGUACAAAAGUAUUGUGGUAUUUGGCACCUCCCCACGCUUCCAAAAGUACCUGUGCCUGCUUUAUUGACUCUACUGUCACAGGGCUGGAUUCAACACUCCCUGACCUAAACACCAUAGAGAGUCUGUGGAUUAUUGUCAAGAAGAUGAAGGAAUUCAUAAUCCUCACACUGCUGUGGUUAUGCCUAAAGUUUGUACGCCUUUUUAACAAUUGUUUUUCUUCCACUUAUCAUCAUUAAUAUGUUUGGACACAGCCCUUGGAUAGUAGCCAGCUUCUUUAGGAAAAAAAAAAAAACUUUCAUGGCUCAAUCUCUUUUUAGAACGGCCAAUGACUGUCUCCUGGACAACUGCCAAGUCACUAGUCUUCCCCAUGAGCUGUGACAGGCCAUGACAUCAGAUUUCUAAAUUUCAAAUCUUUUUUUAUUGGGGCCAUGUAACAUUUACAUUUUUCUGAGAAAAUGGUCGUUAGCUUCUUAUUUGCUGGGUGCAGCAAAUCCAAGUUUCUAUGACCAUCUAUAACAUUUUAAAUUAAAUUAAUAAAAAAUAGCUUCUUAAAAAUCACUUUCUAAUAAGCUGAGCUGCAUCUGUAUUGUUCGUAAUAUAACCUUAAGGUUUGCAGUGCCAUUGCAAGGUCAGUAUCGACCAUGAAAAUCGAACAGAACUAGAGUCGUACUCUGUUUGACACAAGCUCAGAUUUACAGCUUCUUCGACAGAUGUGUGGGUUGCAUUGUGGAUAUGAAAGGAUGACUUUAGGUCAGUGCUCAGGGACAAUAUUACCCCAGUGAUGCAAGUUAUAAAGUGUUUCACUGAGAUACAGUGGAAUAACAGAAAGAAAAGAAAGACACAGAUCAGUUUGUUUAGAGCUGAAGGCAUCCAAUUUAAUCACUGUGCUUUAUGAGUCUAACCCAGAAUUUGGGGGAUUUUAGAGUAUAUAUAUACUGUAUAUAUAUAUGUACAUAUAUAUAUAUAGAGUAUAUACAUUGUGUUUUGUCUUAAAAGAUAGCAAUAGCAUAUGAAUGAAUGUCUUCAUACUGGCUCAUCUUGCUCACCUCCAGAAGUGUAAAUUGCUGAUAGUAAAAGCAAAAGGGCGGGACUUUUUUCUCUCUCUUUUAUUUCCACUUGUUUUUCCUACAGUGCUGACGUUGAGUAGGCUUUGGUCAUGCACAGUUGCUGCUUCCAUUUUGAACCAAACCAAACUGUCAAGCCAAAUGGAGACGGGCUAAGUUGCUUUCUGUUGACCUAUUGUCUACUGAGAUGUGACAGGCGGGGGACUAAACGCACUAAGGUUGAACAGUUCAGCUCAAGUUCUGUGUGAAAAAGUAUGAAAACAAAUGACUAUGUUUGACCUAGGCCCUCCCCUUUUGGCCUGCUGCAAUAUAUAUAUUUAUUUUUUUGUGAUCUGUUUAUCCCCACUGCAAAGACUAUCAGAUGACAGAUUUGUUCUGGGCUUGUAGAAACAACUAGUAUGAUUUAUACAUCUACAUGGCCGUUGUGGAAGGAGUUGUUACAACAGGAGAUGUGAAUGUGUGAAACCAGACAUUUAAAAUACACCAUCAACAGGGAGGCAUGCCAGGACAAUACAACCAUCAAUAUAGUCUAAGUGUACAGUAUUUUAAAAAUAUUUUCUAAUGCUAUAUCACACGGUGUAGGGGAAAGAUGAGCAUUUAUUGAUAAUCAACAGAUUGUUCCUUUUUUCUCCUUUUUAUGAAAUCUGUUGACAAGUGAGCUGAAGGAGAGUUUUUACACGCACAAACUUCUGCAAUAAUGGCUGAUGUUAAACUAAAAGGGACGUAGUGUAUCCCACCUAUUGGUCACACUUAAGUUUAUGUCCUUUGAAUGCAUGCAGUUCUUCCACUCAGCUUGUACACAGAUGACUUGUAACGUUGACCGAGAGAAAGUCGGAAAGAAAUUACCAUAUGAAAUAAAGGUAGUGCGUAUUUGGAUGCAAAUACAAAUCUGUACUCUUCAAUGUGACUAGGAUCCUGUCUGGCAUGCAUUGUUAAAUAAACAGUUAUAGAUUGGUA